UUUAACGUCUCAAAAUGGCGGUAGAUUUGAGAGCGGUUUGGAACAGUUGGGAUUGUCGUUAAACCGCCGUUCGGGUGCGUGCUGGUUAGGUGGUGGUUGCAGGGCUCGACCCAGAAACAUUACGGAGAAUUAAGGGUAAAUAUUUCUCCUUGUGCAAAAUAGUGAAAUGCUCGGGACUUCAGAGGAAGAUCUGAAGUUUUCCACAUGAUCCAGGUAGUUUGAUGGAGACUUCUGAAGUGUCUGCAAUUAUUAACAAUCAGAGGCAAAACUUCUUGGCUGAGUGGACAACAAAUGUUACUCGUGCAGGAGUAAUACUGAAUCCUCCUUUUUGCUUCAGUGAUGUAUACACCUCUCCUCGGGAGUGCAGAAGUAUAAAUGAUUCUUUCACUACUGAGUUCGCUCCACUUCAGUACUCAAACAACAGCAGCUGCUUCAGCUUAGAUUCUCUUCAUAAUGAGCCUCUUUUGGAGGCAGACACACAGAACGGAACUGAACAACCUGCUUUUGAUAUAAAUGGUUUAUUGUCUUCGGAUCUUCAUCCAAAUAUAACACAGCACACUAUUCCUUCACAAAAUGGUUUAUUAUCAUGUAACAGUGUGGCAGGAAAGCAAGCCACUGAGAAGAUUGUUUGUAAUAAUGCACUCGUGCAAAGACUUGAACAGUUAAAAGAGUGGCAACAGGAAAGGCAAGAGGAACUGAAGAAACAACAUCUAGAGCAGCUCCAGCGACUGGUAGAUGAACAACAAACACUACUGGGUCUUAUUGGUACACAAGGAUACACAGAGACUUUAAAUAGCUUGGAUGAUGUUGAAAAAAAAAUUCCAGUUAAAGUUGUCCUGCAACAAGAUGGGCAUGUGGCACAAGAGAAUGCUGUCCCUGAGGGUGAGGCUGAAGUUCACAGUGAAGACAGUGCUGCAUCAACAUCUUCAAGAGAAUCUUUAAAUAUACAUCAAAGUAAUACAGAUUCUACAAGGGCAACAUCUGUUCAAAGCCCAUCUGAAAAAACUUGUUCUUAUGAUCCACCAUCAUUUACAACUCUAGAAGAAAGACCAAUCAAACCAGGUGUAAGUGGAGGAAAAGAAACUUUUGAAGAAUUCCUGGAGAAGCAGAUGAGAAUGGAAGAACAGAGGUUGCAACGACAACAAACUUGGAAAGCCAUAAAUACUGGCUCUACCCGGCUUGUCAACAAACCAAAGGCAAUUGGUAAAGGAAAGAGCAACUCUGCAUUGUGUCUUAAAAAAGCAGCUGUUUUAGGAAAUGUAAUGAAGAAUAAUGUCUUCCAGUCACCUCAUCAGGCAGAGGAAAUAAUAAAUGCAUCAGAAGGUCAUGUUCAAAAUGUCCAUAAAACUGAAAAUGUAAAUGUGGUUCAGGAGUACGAACAAACGACAAAACAGAUCGAACAAAUUGCAGCGAAAACUUUGCAUAAACUAACAUCACUGCAUAAAGCUGAGAGGUUGCAGAAAAAUGCAGGAAAUAUACUUCCUACUUGCCCAAUUGAUGGACCUACAAAUGGAUUUGAAAAUUCAUUUGAGAUAUCAUUUCAGAAAAAGAUGGAGAACUGGAAUAAGGAAAAUGAGAAGGAAAUUGUUGAAUUGAAUGAGUUUGAGUUUUUGGAGCAAGCAGCUGAAGAACUUUCCUUCUCCAGUAAUUCUUCCUUUGUGCUAAAAAUGGCACACCAUGAUUGGCAAUAUAAUAAAGAACGCAGAUUGUCCUCCACCCCAAUAAAAUCCGUUCAACAUAAUCAAAUGUUUGAAAAAUCAAGUGACACAAAGAACAACAGAAAUAUGGAUGAUGGCGAUAAAGAGAGUGAAAAGAUCACAAGUGUUUUUGAUCUACCGAUUGGCAACGAAGCUCUAGCUCAAAAUGUUGGAUGUGAUUCUCAAGAAGAUCAGUAUAGUAUUUGUGAUACCACUUCAAAUUCAGAGGUGGAUCUUGAUUCUACACUGACAAAUGAAAAUCAAACACAGAAGCAGAAGAUCUGUAAUAGUGACAAAGAAGAUGAUCCUAAAUCUAUGUGUGGAAAACAACCAACAGACAGUCUCAAUAAAGAUAAGAACAUGGACACAGAUCUUGACUUGUCAUCUGAUGAUGAUGAUGAUGAUGUCAAAAUGUUGACUGUGAUAGAAAAAGAUAAACUUGAGUUGAGCCAGAAAGCAGAUUCCUCUCUUUUUAAUUCUGAAGGUAACUUAUCUUUGCAGCAAGAAAAGGUUGAAUUUGAUGAUGACCAAACAUGGACUGACCAAGAAGAAGCUGAAGAUAGCUCAAUGGAGAAUGUUCAUACUUCUACAUUAGUAACUCAAAAUUUUUCUUCUGGUAAAGUUACUGAGGACAAAGUUAUGAGAAGAAAAAUUGCUUCUGCCAAGAAAGGAGAGGCUGAGGGUGAAAAAAAUUUGAACAAGUUUGGAGAAUCACCUCCUACAUCUGAUCUAAUAGCAAGAUUAUUUCCUUCACUGAAACCCAAGGCAAAGCCUGGGUUGCAUCAAGGGCAGGAACAGAAAUCUGAAGUCGUGAAUGACAAACCAUUAGGUAGUGGUAUCCAGUCCAAGUUAAUGAAGGAUAAACUAUUAGAAUUGGAAUCUGAAAUUAACCAAUUUCGAGCAGAAAAUUCUACAUUGGCUAAACUCCGAGAUGAUCGGGAAAAAGCCAUGAUGGACCUCAGGAAAGAAAUUGCGGACUUCGAACGUAAGAAAGCUGAGGAGCUGACUCAAUUGGAAGAAUACAAAAAAGAGGAAUUAAAGCGACUACAAAAGGAGCGAAUGGUUUUUGAAAAAUAUGCUGCAGCAGCAAGAGCCAUUCCUGACAAAAAGGAAAGAGAAGAGAUAAAGGUUCUGAAACAGCAGAUUGUAGACUUGCAAGAAGAACUGAAACGGAAGGAACUAAGAUGGUCAAGUACUUACACAAGGCUUCGAAAUCAGAUUGAUGCACUUACCAAGGAAAACCAAGAACUUCGAGAUGAGGUUAAAAUAAUGGAAAGACUUCGGUUGGAAACCUGGAAGAAAGCUGAUACUGCAAUUGAGAAGAAAACUGAAAACUCACUUCCACAGCUUAUGAAAACUGAUAUGGUUCCUUUAGAUGCUAGGAAAAAGGAAACUGAUUCUUUGAUCAAACAGAGAAAUGGAGGCAGAACUCCAAAAGCAUCAGGAAAUAAAAGUUCAUACAGAAUUGAACAGACUUCCCCAAGAAACAAUAAAUUGACCCAUGCUGUGAAAACCUCUGAUCCUGCAAUGACCAGAAAUGGCUUGAAGGAAAGUUCAGUGUCUUUAGUGCGGAAUGUGGAAAACACUAAUAUGAAUGAUACUGCAGUGUCUGGAAUGAAUCUUUCGGUGUCUUGUGAAAAUGUACUUAAUGAAGAGCAGGUCUCAGCACCAGCUAAUUCAUGUCUUGAUUUCAAUGGGGCCAAGGAUGAAAUUCAAGAGGAGAUUAAAUACUCAGAUGGAAAGGUCGAGCAAGUGUUGAGAAGUGGACGUCAUAUAAUCAUUUUCUGUAAUGGUACACGGAAAGAAGUUAGCGCCGAUGGAAAGACCAUUAAAGUAACCUUCUUCAAUGGGGACAUAAAGCAGAUGAUGUCAGACCAGACUGUAAUAUACUACUAUGCAGAUGCCCAGACAACGCACACGACUUACCCUGAUGGUCUUGAAGUUUUGCAGUUCCCAAAUAAUCAACUGGAGAAACAUUACCCAGAUGGCAGAAAGGAAAUCACCUUUCCAGACCAGACCAUUAAAUACUUGUUUGCAGAUGGUCAUGAGGAGAGUGUGUUUCCUGAUGGAACAAUAAUACGUGUGCAGCUUGAUGGUACCAAGAUAAUUGAAUUUAAUAAUGGACAAAGGGAAAUACAUACACCAAGCUACAAAAGACGGGAGUAUCCUGAUGGAACUGUUAAAACAGUACAUCUAAAUGGCCAGCAGGAAACAAAGUACAGCUCAGGAAGAGUGAGAAUAAAAGACAAGGAAGGCAAUAUAAUCAUGGACAGUAAACCCCACUGAUUUUAUUUUAAAAUGUACUUGGCAUUCUUCAACGUUUGAAAAAUAUGACAGUUAUUGUAAAGAAUUUCAUAUGCUAGUAUUUUUGUAAACACUUGUAUGAAAAUGUUAUGUGAGCUUUAAAUGUUUAUAGAAUGGAUUUAUUGAAUUAUGUAUGUUAAGUACUGAAUUGAGGUAAAAGUAUAAAUGAUAAAGUGAACAGUAUCUGGAGUUUGCAGUAAUCUUGUUCGAAGCACAUUCAUGGUAUCCAUUAAGACAAUUUUGCUAUAAAACAAGUUGAUUUUUUUUAAAAAAAGUUAUGGCCCUAUGAUUUUAACCCCACAACAACAGUUGAGUAUUAUAAAUCCACCAAAACUGCAUUUAUCACUUCUAACAAUUACCUUUUUGUGCUGGCAUAUUUUCCAACUGUUGCACCAUACAUAGCUUACAUUUCUCCAUAGACCAGAAGUUGAGA